CGACUCGUGGCGGUAAUGGUGCGACUCGUGGCGGGAAUGGUGCGACUCGUGGCGGGAAUGGUGCGACUCGUGGCGGUAAUGGUGCGACUCGUGGCGGUAAUGGGGAUCGGGGACGACGGGGACGGGGACGAUAUCGGCAUCGGCAUCGGCAUCGGUAUCGGAGACGACGGGUCCAAGCCGCUCGUCGAUGGCCGCGGGCUGUUCACCUCGAGGCACCUGUACUACGCUGCCGGCGAGCGGCACUUCCCGGGACAGCUGCCGGCGUACGAGGAUCCUGAGGUGAGGACCGACGCGCUGCCUGCACCGUACGGGGCCAUCACCGAGCUGGUCAACACCAUUCUGCGGAGGACCAUGGCGGCGGUGAGCAAGUUGGAGGCGAGCAAUGCGGCGGCGGCGGCGGCGGCGCGCAAGGCCGCCAAGCACGCCCGCGUCGAGCCGUCCAACAUGGUCAACAACCUCGCCGGCCACGUUGUCUCCAUGGCCAUGGCGCCCAACUCGUCGUCGGCCGUCGUCUUUGUCCUCCUCGACACAGGCACUCUCCUCGCCCUCGCCACCUUUCCUGCCCUGCAGAUCCUCGGCGAGGCGAGCCUCCCGGCAGGCCUCGGCGACGCUGUCUACGCCUCGGUCUGCCCGCUCAACAACAGGCCGUUCUGCGUCGUCGCUGCCCAUCACACCGCCCACGUCUUUGAGGUCCUCCCGGGUACCCACGCCGCCGCCCUCCGCUCGGUCGACGUCACCAAGCUUGCCGCCGUCUCGUGCGAUCCUGGCGCGCCGCUCCCGCUCGCCGCCGCCCACUACGAGGCGCGCCACCACCAUCACGCCGCGGGCUCAUCGGGCGGGGCCGAGGCCGGCGACGCGGCCGACACGCCGCAGGCCGGCUCUUCGGCGGCAGGCUUCCACCACGAGCCGGGUGCGGUGCCGAGCUCGGUCCCCUCGACCGCGCCGCCUCCGCUGCUUCCGCUCCGCCUUGUCGCGCGGUACUCGUUUCCGCACCUGGUUGGCUCGGUCGCCAUGUCGCCUGUCACCGCCUCGCACUCCGGCGCCAAGCUUCCGGGCCAAGUUGUGGCCAUUGUCACCACCGACGGCGCUAUCGUCCUCUACCAGUGGCUCGUGCCGCCGGGCGAGCCCGACGCGCUGCCGGCAGCAGCCACGCCCGAGGCCCUCCCGCGCCUCGUCGCCCUCGCCCGCAUUCCACAUGCAAGACCCUUUGCCGCCUCGCCGUUCAUGUCCAACCUCCUCGCCCGCUCCAAGCCGGGCCUCCUCGCCAAGCUCGCCGGCAAGCUCGGCGGCGCGCCGUCGGCGGCAGACCGAGCUGAAGGUGGCGCACCGGCUGAGGUCAGCUUGCAGGCCGGCGCGCCCGCCGGUGCCAGCGCCGGCGGAAACAGCGGCCACGAUCCGUCGUUCCGCCGCUCGCGCUCGUCGCGCUCGCGGCCGCGCUCCGGCACUAGCCGGCGGUCCUCGCGGCACAGCGAGAAGAUGGCCGGUAGCGGUCACGGGCACGGUAGCGGUCACGGGCACGGUAGCGGUCACGGGCACGGCGGGAGCGGACUUGAUAGCGGCAGCGGGCCGGGCGGGCCUGGCGGAGACGGUGGAAGCGGAACCGGAGGCGCAGCGCUGGUGCCGGGCUCGAUCCUGGCGGCGCCCGAGGCACACGCGGUCGGCGAUGUUGUGGCCUCGCUCGAUGCCAUGUACGCCAAGCUCGACCUGGCUGUGGAGACCGUGGCCCACUUUAGCGUCGGCCCGCUUGACGACGUCCUCCGGCUUGUGGUGUGGUGGUCCGGCUGCAACCAGCUCCACACCUACCUCCACCCGCUCACACCGGCCGCCGCCGCAACCCUUGCCGCCACGCCCGGCACAUCGGGCGCGCUGUUGGCGGGCGGGCCGGGUGGAGGUGCGGGCGCCAGCGGAGGCGAGAAGGGCACCGGUAGUGGGCACGGGCACGGGCACGGGCACGGGCACGGGCACGGGCACGGGCACGGGCACGGGCACGGACACAGUGGCGACCGCAAUGGCGCGGCGUCCAAAAAGUCCAAGCGGAAGAAGGCCGGCAAGGCGAGCAGCACGGCGGGCGGCGGGGGCGGCGAGCGCGGAAGCUCGUCGGGCCGCAGCCGGAGCAACGGCGGGAGCGGUGCGAGCGGCGGAGGCACAGCGGUGGCGGGCGAGGGCGAGGCCGGGCUUGUCGGCGGGAUCGGGCGCGGCUCGUCUGCGGCAACCUACGCCGCGUCGCUGCUGCGUACCGGCUGCGGGAUGGCGGCGAUCAGCUCGCGCGGGCUCGGUGGCGAGCCCGUGGCCGAGCGCGGGCCCAAAGGGCCGGGCGCCGGGCAUGUGCUCACCUUUCCGUACUCUGUGACGGCGAGCGCGACGUCGACGGACGCGCUGCUGUCUGCGGUGGGCCUCGCGAACGGCAGCGUGGUGCUCCGCGACGAGGCGCUAGGGACGGAGCGUGCAGUGGUGAGCGGGCACAACAAGGCGGUGCACACGCUCGCGUUCUACUCGUCGCGGUUUCUCCUCUCUGCCGGCGACGACGGGCGGCUGCUGGUGUACAAGAUCCGGCCGCGGCUGGAGCUGCUGCACAGCGUGGAGGAGAGCUCGCGGCCGCGUGUGCUGGACAUCUUCCCGCUCGACGAGUCGAUUCUGCCGUCGAUGGCCGGGGCCGGGCCGGGCUUCCCGCUGCUGGCGCUUGUGGCGUGCGCCGGUGAGGCGUGCGUCCGCAUCUACGAGCUCGCGCGCGGGCUCCGGGUGGGCAACCUAGUUAUGGAGGCCGGGCUUGUGCCGACUAUGGACGGGCAGUGGGUGGCGGUGGCGGACGGCUCGCUCACGCUUGCUGCCGCCUACGACGCCACGCACGAGGGCGACGAGACCGACGACGGCUUUGGCUCGUCGUUCUCCUCGGUCGACGACUCGGACGAGGACGAGGCGCUCUCACGGGCCGCCACCGCUGCUGCGGCCGCUGCCCUGGCGAAGAGCAUGCCGCGGCGCGGCUCGGGCCUCUCGCUUGGUAGCGGUGGCGGCGGCGGCGGUGGGAGCGCGGUGCCGACCACCGAGGCUGCGGCCAGCUCGUCGGCUUCGGCGGCGGCGGGCAUUGUGUUUGGCAUUGUCCCGGUCGUGGCCAUCACGCCCGACCGCUCGCUCACGCCGGAUGGGCUUGUAGCGAGCAGACUCGGCGGGCGGGGCCGUAGGCCGCGGCGGGCCUCGCUCGGCAUCGACGCCCACCUGCUGGCGGUGCCGGGCGUCCUCUCGCCGCGCAUCCGGCGCGGCCGCCACCACAAGCGUGGCCAUGGGCACACAGCUCGGCACACCCGCCGCGUCGAGUCGGCUGAGACGCACCUCAAUCUUCUUGCUGGGAGCAUAGGCUCGGGCUCGCGUCUCCGUCGGUGCGACGACGACGACGACGACGACGACGACGAGAUGGACGACGACGACGAUGAAGGCGGAGACGGGAGUGGGCACGGGCAGAGUCGGAGCGGGCGCGGGACGCAUAGUCGGCGGCAGCGGCGGAGCGGUGCCGGGCGGCGCGGCAGCGGGAGCAAGGCAAGCAGCCGGCGGGCGUCGCGCAAGGCGCGGCGGAAGCGCGGCAGCAGCAAGAAGGCAGGCGGCGGCAGCGGGCGGCGCGGGAGCAAGGCAGGCGGGAGCGCAAGUAGUAAGGGCAAGGCGUCGUCGUCGCGGCGGAGCGGACGGCGCGGGAGUAAGACCGGCGGCGGAAGCGGGAGCACGCGGAGCAAGGGCCGGAGCGGACGAAGCAAGGGCAAGGCUGGCGCGGGCGGCGGAGGCAGCGCGGCGCGAAGCGGACGGCGCGGGUCAAGCGGCGGGCGGAGCGGGAGCGGCAAGGGCAAGGCCAAGACGCGGAGCUCGCGGAAGAAGGAGAAGGAGAAGACGAGCGGGCGCAAGGGCAAGGCGCGCGAGAAGAAGAAGAGCAGCCGGCGCCGGUCCGGACGCAAGGCGAGCGGACACGGGCGGCGGGCGAGCGGCUCGCGCAAGGCUGGCAGCGGGCGUUUGCGGAGCGGGCGGGCUGGGGCGCGGCGGAGCAAAGGCUCGCGGCGGCGCGGCUCGUGGUCCGAGUAUGACGACGACGGCGACGACGACGACGACGACGAGUUUGACGAUGACGAGUACGAGUCGGAUGACUCGAGCUCAGGCUCGGGAGGCACUGGCAGCACCGAGGCGAGCGGCAGUGACGGCGACGACGACUUUGCGUCGGACUCUGACUCGGAUGGGUACGACUCGGGCGAGGAGGGCCGGGCCGGCGGGAGCGGCUGCUUGGGCAGCGGCGCCGAGCCGCAGCGAGUGGUCAAGCACAAGAUCCUCAUCUACCGGCUGUCCAAGGCGAUCCGGGCGUGCCAGAAGGCGAUUGCUGCGCGGGGCGGAGCGAGGUAA